CCAGCCACGCUGUCACCUGCAGCCCGAGCCCGACGCCCAGCCAGCCCUUGCCCUAUGCCAGAAACUGGGCUGCAGCCAGUGCCCGGCCUCGGUGAGGCAGGUUACGGUCCCCGCCCGUCUCCACACGGCGCCGCUGGGGAGACUGGAGCCCGGGCGCCCCACCCAGCAGGGCGGCCCCACUCACGUGACCCGCAGUUCCCUGCCUUAGCAACCGCCCGGCGCGGCGGCUGUCGCGGGGCCGGGGCUCUGCGCUCGCCAUGCCCCCGCGCGCGCUGGUGACGCUCCGGUUCGGCCCCUACCGGAGCUGCGGGGUGUUGGAGCACAGGCCCUUCCGCCUGCAGGGCCUGCAAGCUGUGUUGCAAGCGGAGGGUCACCAACUUAUUCUAGAAAAGAUACCAGAUUGGAAUAAUGUAGAACUCAUAGUGAAUGGAGAGACUGUUUUCCAGUGCAACAUUAAUGACCUGGACUUUGACCAGAAACAAAAAAUCCAUAUCACAGGCUGUUCACCCUAGCAAUCUGCUGUGGAUACACAUGGUGAGAGAUCUCACUGGCAAAUAUGACACACUGGAUACAUUCUUAUGCUGUGGUGGUUUGCAUUUUUCCCCUCUUAAUUGAGUGAAGAAACACCUUGAUAUGUCACUUAAUAAUGACUCGGAUUUCAAAUGCACAAGAUUUGCAGGAUGGCGCCUAUAAUACUUGACCUCUUUCCAAGCACUAUACAAAUAUUAACCACUUCUGUUUUACAUAACAGAUAUACUAGCCAAAAUACUGCAUGUAUUAACAGCCUUCUGUUUCAAAGUUUUCAGGGAGCCAUCUAGCUUAUUUCAUGUAUUUAAAAAAGAGUGGGAAAUGUCAACCCUCUGGCUCUCAGUGGAAACUUGAGUUUGGAAUUGAUGCACAAGCACGCAUUUUUAGGAGCCUUCAUUCAAGGUCCACAAAUCUUCUUUUAUUCAGAAGUCAUGUUCCGGCACCGCAGCAGCAUCAUAUAUUAAUUAAACUAAAACAGAGCUUGGGCAGUACUGGCAGGAUUUUAGCUAUUCAUUGUCAUGCUUUAUUGCAAACUGUGAAUCUCAACUGAGAGUUUUGAAAGUUUACUGUCCAGUGAGUGGAGCCAACAGCAAACGCCUAAGCAGUAGAGACUCUCUAGGUAAAUAACCUUUUUGUACCAAAAUGUACUCCCAAGAGACCUCUAACAGCUGUUUAAAAGAAGGCUCUGAUAGUUUAUAAAUCUGCUUUAAAUUGGCACAGAGUGAUGUACUCAUUUAACUGCUCUAAUUUUUUUUAUUAGGUAAAUAUUUUAUUUUAUUUUAACCUCAGUGUCAUGCAAUUAUUUUUAAUCAGAUUGUUCAAAAUCAUCUACUCCUUUACUUUUUUCUACCUUAUCAAAUGGCCCAAUUCCUUCCCUUUUACUAAAGUGAAAUGACCUCCACUGAGGUAGAAAACAGACAGAGAAAGCAGAAAAAAUGAGAGAUGCCAGCACUUUUAUGAAUGGGAUGCUAAUACCAAUCCCCAAAGGAGAAACUGUCAAAAAACAGCCAUAAGAGAAUUUAUAUAUUUUUUACAUUCUUGGAUGGAUUCUUUUUUUAAACCAUAAUGCCACAAUCUGAAACACAAUGAAAAUGGAAACCUGUCAUUCACUACUUUUAUUUCUAUGUUAAUUUUGUUUUCUACUUUUGUGAAUACAGAGCCAUGCGUGCAUCUAUCACAGAAAUGAAGACUGAAAUAUUUCAUGUUGUACUGAGAUGGCACACAGAGUACAAUAAAUAGUCCCACCAUUAUUUAGCUGCACCCAGUUCUUGCCACUGAAAUAUACAUUUAUAACAGCAUUGAAAUAACAGUCAGUAGCCACGAUCCAAAGCAAGACUAAUCAUGUUCUCAGCUACAGGAAUGAACAGGAGACAAAUUUGACUAGUUUAAACUUGCAGUAAUUUCACAGCAUCUAUAAAGAUUGUUAAACUUCAAAGACUGAAUCAACUAUAAUGUUUCAGAGGUGAGAGGAGAACAAGCAGCCCAAUUUAAAAGGGACACUAAGGCUCUUGAAUGUACUAAGCUUGGUUUUGGCUGCCAGGGAUAGGUGAGCAUCUCAUCACAUUGUCCAUCUGCUCUGGCAGAUGGAUCAUUCCACUAACCUGCUAUCUCGCAGGCAGAGGGGACAGAUAGGAGGAGAUAUACACCCAUUUGUGAUGCUGAAGAAAGCUAGUGUCCUGGUUGUGUUCUUGGCUGAAACUCACAGCUGCAAAGUUAAGUUUUAACAGGGCUACUGCUCACUUUGAGGAGAUGAUGGACUUUGAAAUCUGAAGGACAGUUAAACAUCAAUCAACUAUUUAAGAAAACAGUAGGAUAAAGUCUGGGCCAUCAAUCCUAGUGACAACACAGGCCAAAUGGCAGCAGCAGCAGCAGCAACAAAGGGGCAGACCUUAUUGCCCAAGGACCAAGCACACCCCAGCGCCGCAGUACACAAAGGCUGAGUAAGCAUGCUUUGGACAGGGAAUCUAAGAUGGGUUGAGGGAAGAAUUCCUUCAAUUUGCUUCCCAGUGGCUUGACAUGAUGUGACUGAAUAACUGCUUAGCUGCUACCACUGCAGCCCAUGGACUGUAGCAGCAACAGGGAGGUACAGUCAUGUGGUGGAAUCACUGGCCACACUUCCUCUCCAAUAUAUGAUGCCUGUGAAGUACCCCAUACAGCCUGUGGCCUCCUACCCCGCACAGCUUACUGUUCGGAUAUAGAUAUUCAGGCCUGUCUGUAAAGACUUUAAGAAUUUAGGUAUAUGUUUAUCAUUUAGCUAGUUAUAGAGGUA